AUGAUGCCCUCGGCGCAUGUCUACGGACAUCACCAGUUUGGUCAUCAGACCGAGUCAUCCUGGAUGCAUCAGCAGACGGGCCAUCAUCAGCAGCAGCACCCGCAGCAAGGCGGCGCCGCGUCGGCCGUCCAGCAGCAGCAGGCCGCUCAACAGGCGCAGCAGCAGCAACAGGCUCAGCAACAGCAGCAGCAGCAACAGGCGCAGCAGCAGCAGCAGCAACAACAACAGGCGCAGCAGCAGCAGCAGCACUAUGGCCGCCUCGCCGCAAACAACCACGCCAACACUGGCAACCAGAAUGUCGCUCACAGUCAGCAGGAUAAUGGCCACGAGCACAUCUCUGAGGAUAACCGGCGCACGAUGACCUACAUUGCUGAUCUUCUUCACGAAAACACUCGCGAGGCAGCUCUUCUCGAGCUGAGCAAAAAACGUGAGCAGGUACCGGAGCUGGCCCUCAUCCUUUGGCACUCGUUUGGCGUCAUGACGUCCCUCCUGCAAGAGAUCAUCUCCGUAUACACGCUGCUCAACCCGUCGCAGCUGACUGCCGCGGCUUCUAACCGAGUCUGCAAUGCACUGGCGCUGUUGCAGUGCGUCGCAUCGCACAACGACACGCGCGCCCUCUUCCUCAACGCGCACAUUCCUCUCUUCCUGUACCCAUUUCUCAACACCACGUCCAAGUCGCGACCCUUUGAAUACCUACGGCUCACUAGUUUGGGUGUCAUUGGUGCGCUUGUCAAGAACGACUCGACAGAUGUCAUCAACUUUCUGCUCACCACCGAGAUUAUUCCCCUUUGCCUCCGCAUCAUGGAGACUGGCUCAGAACUUAGCAAGACUGUGGCCAUCUUUAUCGUCCAGAAGAUUCUUUUAGAUGACAAUGGCCUCAACUACAUCUGCGCUACUUACGAGCGAUUCUAUGCUGUCGGCACUGUCCUUAGCAAUAUGGUUGCCCAACUCGUCGAAUCCCAAACUGCGCGCCUGCUUAAGCACGUAGUCCGCUGUUUCCUUCGCCUUAGUGAUAACGCCAGAGCGCGAGAGGCCCUACGCCAGUGCCUCCCCGAACCGCUCCGCGAUGCUACAUUCUCGUCUGUUUUGCGCGAUGACGCAGCCACGAAGCGUUGUCUAGCUCAACUGCUCAUCAACCUCUCCGACAAUGUUGGGGACCACAGUAAUUCUGGCAUCAGUUCCAUGUGA